CACGUCAUUGAGUCAACUUAUAGAUAACGCGAACCAUUGUGGAAAUCAGAAAUGCAGGCUAUAUGAGUGUAUAUAUAUAUACUUGGAGUACUCAUUGCACUUUUGAUAAGCUGAUUCUCCGACAGUAAUAUAGUACAAUCAGGCAUGGAUGACGGAAAUAGAAAGCGGAAGAAAGAAGAUGACAACGAGGAUGUGGAAACAGUUGCCAUGGAAACCAGUAAGGCCCCGGAUGGUGGAUGGGGCUGGUGUAUUAUCCUAGGCAUUCUUAUUCUGCGGACAGUUAUUGGUGGCUUCGUGCGGUCGCAUGGCUUGUUCUACCUGAGGUUUAAAGAACGUUUUGGUGGCACGGCAACGGCGACGUCACUUGUGACGUCAUUAUCGAGUUUCAUGCGCUUGUCCACUGGUCCCAUCGUGAGCAUAUUGAGCGGUCGGUUCCAGUGCCGGAUCAUCACCGCUAUAGGUGUUGUUGUCCUGGCAACGGGCGUCAUCAUGACCGCCUUCUCUCCAAACAUCUCGUUCCUUUACUUCAGCUAUGGGAUCGUGUCUGGUUUCGGCAGAUCUCUUGUUCUGACGCCCUGCCCAAUCUUACUAGGGUACUACUUCGACAAGCGUCGUAGCCUGGCCUUUGGGAUCGCGUCGGCGGGAUUUAGUAUCGGCGGGUUCGCUCUAACCCCACUUGUAGAGCUGCUGUUUCAAGAAUAUGGUAUCCAGGGGACGUUUCUCAUUCUGACGGCCAUGUCCAUGCAUAUAUUCAUAUCCUGCACGUUAUUCAGACCAAUUGAGUCCAACAGGAGGAGCGUUACAAACUCGAAAAACAAGAACAGGGCAGAUACAGAGGCUGAAUAUGAUAAACUUCUAGUGACAUCUACAGAAGUUUGUAAACGGCCCGAUCACGCGUACCACGAGACAUCGAAUAAUAGCGAUGUCCUCAAUAGUGGUGUCCUUAAUAGCGAUGUCCUCAAUAGCGAUGUCCUCAAUAGUGAUGUCCUCAAUAGCGAUGUCCUCAAUAAUGAUGUGCUCAAUAGCGAUGUCCACAACAGGGAUGUCCUCAAUAGUGAUAUACUCAAUAGCGAUGUCCUCAAUAGUGAUGUCCUCAAUAGCGAUGUCCUCAAUAGUGAUGUCCUCAAUAGCGAUGUCCUCAAUAGCGAUGUCCUCAAUAGCGAUGUCCUCAAUAGCGAUGUCCUCAAUAGUGAUGUCCUCAAUAGUGAUGUCCUCAAUAGUGAUGUCCUCAAUAGCGAUGUCCUCAAUAGCUAUGUCCACAAUAGGGAUGUCCUCAAUAGUGAUGUCCUCAAUAAUGAUGUGUUCAAUAGCCAUGUCCACAACAGGGAUGUUCUCAAUAGUGAUGUCCUCAAUAGUGAUGUCCUCAAUAGUGAUGUCCUUAAUAGCGAUGUCCUCAAUAGUGAUGUCCUCAAUAGCGAUGUCCCCAAUAGCGAUGUCCUCAAUAGUGAUGUCCUCAAUAGUGAUGUCCUCAAUAGCGAUGUCCUCAACAGUGAUGUCCUCAAUAGCGAUGUCCUCAAUAGUGAUGUUCCCAAUAGCGAUGUCCUAAAUAGUGAUGUCCUCAAUAGCGAUGUCCUCAAUAGUGAUGUCCUCAAUAGCGAUGUCCUCAACAGUGAUGUCCUCAAUAGCGAUGUCCCCAAUAGCGAUGUCCUCAAUAGUGAUGUCCUCAAUAGCGAUGUCCUCAACAGGGAUGUCCUCAAUAGUGAAGUCCUCAAUAGUGAUGUCCUCAAUAGCGAUGUUCUCAAUAGCGAUGUCCUCAAUAGUGAUGUCCUCAAUAGCGAUGUCCUCAAUAGUGAUGUCCUCAAUAGCGAUGUUCUCAAUAGCGAUGUCCUCAAUAGCGAUGUCCUCAAUAGCUAUGUCCUCAAUAGUGAUGUCCUCAAUAGUGAAGUCCUCAAUAGCGAUGUCCUCAAUGAUAAUAGCGAUGUAUUUAAUAACGAUGAACGUAGAGUUGGUGUUGGUAGUGAAAAAGAAAAUCCGAGAAAUGGGAAUGUUAUCGUUAUUGAAAUGUCUGGAAUUCAAGUGAACAGUGUACACAAAGAAACACCAAACAAAUAUCAAGACGUUAUCAAUUAUGAAUCUGAUAACAUUGCAGCAUGUUACAGAGAUAGUGAAAGCAUAUGUGAAAAUGAAUUGACUUUAUUACACGAAAGUCAAACAGCACUUAAGUCGAUCCAAAACGAUCAAAUACAGGAAAAAGAAAAGCCGAAAAAGCGGAAGUGGAUCUCCUGGUCUAUUUUGAAGAAUCCCCGGUUUGUGUGUUAUGUGUUAUCUAUGUUCUGUUUCACACUGCCCGCGGGAGGACUUUUCCUGCCAGCACUCGCAAAGUCCAAAGGAUGCACUGAUAUACAAGCAGCGACACUGAUGUCGAUCAACGCCGCCUCAGACACCGUGUUCCGAGUGAUUUCCGGGUUUGUUCUCGAUCUGAAGAUGUUUCGAAACAACCGACCAAUCAUCUACAACAUUAUCACGUUCUUCCAAGCAGCAACCCUACUGUGCUUCCCAUUCAUGCAGAACUUCUCGGGUUUUACGUUUCUCUGUGUUAUAGACGGACUGUUCAAUGGGGCGAAAAUGGCACAGGGCAGCGUGGUACUGAUUGACAUUCUGGGCGUGGACAAGAUGGCCAGUUCUCUGGCUGUGUCCAUGGCGGUACAGUGCUUCGCUGUUAUUAUUGGACCCACAGUUUCAGGUAGAUUGGUGGAUAUUUACGACGGGUACAGUGGGGCUUUCUUCUUCGGUGGAGGAGCACUCUUCGUCGGUGGGCUGAUUCUGGUCGUCGGCAACGUCAUCAAUACACUCGCCAUCAAACGAGAACAAAGGAUCAAAAACACUGAUCUAAAGAAACUUUGAAGUGUU